UGCGAAAGUGAUUUUAUUUAUUUGUUUUAAAUUUUUUUUAUAUAUUUUAAUUAAUUUAAAAAAAAAAGUAUUUAUGUGGUCGCUUAAGCGUAUUAACUGUUAUUGUAAUCACAACUACUAAACUAGGAUACGCUGGAGUGGAGUUUCAUAAGGAUUUAUUAGCGGUUUCACAUUAUGGGACGGCUAACGUUUUGGUUCCUUGUGGGGCUAACAUUACUAGCCGUCUCCACUCAUCACGAUGUCUAUGCUAGUUCCGAUGGGCCGACUGAAUCAGAAUGCCGUCCUUAUAUUGAAAAGGCUUUGAAUGAACUGAAAACUGGCGAAGAAAGAGAAGAAUUAGCUCCUAGUCCUGACACAACCGGUGGUAGCAAAAUAAUAAUCGAUGAAAACGCUGACGGAGAUGGCAAAAACGAAGAUGAACUAAUGCAAGGCGAUCAGCCAUCUACUGAUAGUAGGAAACGAUCACCCAAAGCAGUCGAUACAGACGGUGACGGUAUACCUAAUGAAGAAGACGACGACAUUGACGGUGAUGUUAUUCCUAAUGAGGAAGACGAAGACCUAGACGGCGACGGCAUAUUGAAUAUACACGAUCCCGAUUUGGAUGGCGAUGGUGUACAAAAUGUGCAUGAUCAUGAUUUGGACGGCGAUGGUGUUCCCAAUGUUAAAGACAAUGAUUUGGAUGGCGAUGGUGUACCCAAUGACCAGGACGACGAUAUUGACGGUGAUGGUAUUCCCAAUAGUGAAGAUGAAGACAUAGAUGGCGACGGUAUACUCAAUGACCAAGACGAUGAUAUUGACGGAGAUGGUAUUCUCAACGUAGACGACAGCGAUAUGGACGGUGACGGUAUACCCAAUGAAAAAGACAACGAUAUCGAUGGUGAUGGUGUAAUGAAUAGCGAUGAUAACGAUAUUGAUGGAGAUGGCGUUCCCAACGACCAAGACGAAGAUAUUGACGGGGACGGUGUUCUCAACAUAGAUGAUAAUGAUAUGGAUGGGGAUGGAGUUGUUAAUGAAGAUGACGGCGAUAUGGACGGUGAUGGCUUAGCCAAUGAGGAUGAUGGUGAUAUGGAUGGUGAUGGCGUUGCUAAUGAAGAUGACGAAGAUAUUGAUGGGGAUGGUGUUACUAACGAAGAUGAUGAAGAUCUAGAUGGCGACGGUGUUCCCAACCAUCAGGAUGAUGAUAUUGACGGCGAUGGAGUUCCCAAUCAUCGGGACGAAGAUAUUGAUGGCGACGGCGUUCCGAAUGUAGAUGACGAGGAUAUAGAUGGAGACGGUGUCGACAAUAAGCAAGAUCAUGACUUAGAUGGUGACGGUGUUCCUAAUUAUGAAGACAACGAUCUUGACGGUGAUGGUGUGCUAAAUGUCCACGACGAAGACAUCGAUGGUGAUGGAGUGGACAAUAGGAAAGAUCACGAUAUUGAUGGCGACGGCGUUCCUAACGAAGCUGACCAGGAUGAGGAUGGUGACGGCAUGCCAAAUGAAGAAGAACCCGAAAGCUUCGAUAUUGAUGGCGACGGCAUUCCUAACGAUGAAGAUAACGAUAUUGAUGGUGACGUGGUUCCUAAUGAACUUGACGAAGAUAUGGACGGUGAUGGUAUACCUAAUAGACAUGACCGUGACAUUGAUGGGGACGGUGUGCCGAAUGUGCACGAUGAAGACGGCCACGAGCCAGCAGAUGUACAGCCUGGCGCUGUGCCAACUGAAAGCGAAGAAGAAACUUCUGAAAAAGUUGAGGAAGAACAAGUGGAAAAAGAAACUACAGAUAAAGUAACCAAAAAAGUCGCGGAAGAAGAAGAAGUCGUUAAACGUUCACGACGUUCCGUGGAAACUCACCCUGAUAUGGACGGUGAUGGCAUACCCGAUCACGAAGAUGAAGACGUAGAUGGUGACGGUGUUCCCAAUCACAUAGAUGAUGAUGUGGAUGGCGAUGGCGUUCCCAACCACAUGGACGACGAUAUCGAUGGUGACGGCGUUCUCAACGAACAUGAUGAAGAUCGCGAUGGAGACGGUUUGCCAAAUGCUCAGGAUGAUAGUGACGGCGAAGCAGAUGAUAAAAAGCAUGGCAAAGAGAUGAAAACAAAAGAGGACGCUAAAGAGCCGGAAGUCGAAGAAGAAGAGGAAGAAGAAGAGGAGGAGGAGGAGGACACUAAACCCGAAGACGAACUACUUUGGGAAGGUGAGAUUCCCGAACAUCGUAGAAGUCGCGAUCACAUUACCGAAUUGCUACAACUUGGCGAAGAUUCGUUUGCUCGUGAAAAUGCCUUUGAUAGCGUAGCCAACGUUAUUCUACGAGAUAUUAAGCGCAUCUAUGAGAAUGCUAUCAAGCCUUUAGAAACUUUAUACAAAUAUAGGGAUUUGAGCAAUCGACACUUUGGAGAUCCAGAAAUUUUCUCAAAACCAUUGGUACUAUUUAUGGGUCCUUGGUCCGGUGGUAAAUCUACAAUUAUCAACUAUUUAACCGACAAUGAAUAUACCGCCCACUCAUUACGAUCUGGUGCCGAACCGUCGCCGGCUUAUUUUAAUAUUUUAAUGUGGGGUAAUGAUACCGAGAUUUUGGAAGGAACUCAAUUGGCUGCUGAUUACACAUUUUCUGGUCUACAGAAAUUCGGUCAAGGUCUAGAAGAUCGUUUACGUGGUCUAAAGCUGCCUAAUAAACUAUUGGAGAAGGUUAAUAUUGUGGAGAUACCUGGUAUUUUGGAAGUGCGCAAACAAGUUGCCCGUUUGUUUCCUUUCAAUGAUGCCUGUCAAUGGUUUAUUGAUCGCGCUGACAUUAUAUUCUUAGUUUACGACCCUACUAAACUAGACGUGGGUCCAGAAACAGAAGCUAUAUUAGAUCAAUUAAAGGGCCGCGAGUAUCAAACGCGUAUCGUACUGAAUAAAGCUGACAUUGUAAAACCUGAAGAAUUGUUACGUGUGCAAAGCGCUUUAAUUUGGAAUAUUUCGCCCUUGAUGUCUUCAGCUCAGCCCCCUUUGAUUUACACAACAUCGCUGUGGUCUCAUCCUUACCAAGAAGGAUCGCCCGCACGUUUAUUGUUAGCUCAAGAAAGAGCAUUUUUAAGAGAUUUACGUACAGCGGUUGAUAGAAGAAUUGAAAACAAAAUUGCUAGUGCGCGACGAUUUGCUGUGCGCGUACGUAAUCAUGCAAAAAUGGUGGACUGCUAUCUUAAUACUUAUUUCAACCACAAAACGUUAUUUAGCAAUAAGAAACGUGUUGCGGACAACAUUAUUGAAAAUCCGCAAAACUAUCACAUUUAUGAGGGUCUUUCGACUCUCACCAAUAUUUCACGAUAUGAUCUACCCGACCCCGAGGUUUAUCGUGACUUCUUCCGCUUAAAUCCUUUAUACGAAUUUAAAAAAUUAUCCGAAACUUGUUCGUACUUCCGUGGUUGCCCUCUCAACAAACUUGAUGUGGCCAUUGCUUACGAUUUACCUGACUUGGCUGGCAAAUACAAGAAAAUGGCCGAAGCUGCUUUGGCGAAAGCCGAAUCUUCCGCUGGUAAACACAAAAUCUCAAAGAGUUGAGUUGAACUUGGCUUAUGAAAGCAUAUAGUAAAAAAACUCUUAACGAUCCACCCAAGAGUAAACGAAAGCGCUUCAAUUACAAGACUUCAGAUGCAGGACUGAUGAUAAUACCAACAAAUUAAAAUGAAACGAAACGGAUAAGCAGAAGCGUCAAAGAGUAAACUUUUUUGCAAAUAGAAACACAUACACUUACGCAAUUAGAGAACGAGAGAGCAUAAUACAGAGAGCAAUAGAGUCCAGCAAACAUUUAAAAAAAAACAAAAAAAAAAAACCCAAAAGUUCAGUUCGCAAUUACACACAAGUAUAUAAGAGAGCAAGACACAGCAAGUGAUAGGCUUUCAUCAUCCCGAUAUUUCAAAAUAAGCAUAAGAAAGAUGUCCUCACUUCUAACCAAUAAAUAGUAACUCCAAGUCAAAUGAAACAACGCACUAAUCCCCACAAAAUCAUACAAGUCCGUUUAUUUGAAUUGAAAAAGAAAGUAAGAAAGAAAUAUAGAGGGAGAGAAUGAAGAAGAGAUUACUUAUUUAAAGUUUACCUCCACUUUUUUUAUAAUAUAUUACUUAAGCACUAAAUUAUGAUUUGAACUAUCCUGUAUCACAUCGUUUUAUUAAUUUAUUUUGAGUUUUUUUUCCGGUAUUGACUGUAACGUUGCCUCUAAAAAAAGCCUAAAUAAUCAUUUAAAGCAUUUAUUUGAUUUACAAUAAUAAUUGUUUUUAUUGUCUGUCCUUUGUCGUUUUAUCAAUGUUCAACUUUCUUUAAA